AGCGUCAUACGCAGCCAGAGUGUCAAAUGAAUCCCCCUUCUUCUCUAUCUACAAUGCAUCGGCGUCCUCAGAUAUCGACUGCAGACAGCCCAUUCCAUGGCGCCCCAAGCGCUUCUCUCCCUAUCUCCUGCCUUCUCCAUCCCUCAAAACCUAAAAAACCCUAGUAUCUUCUCCUUCAAAAAGUCUCCAUACAAACUCCCUCCUAUCCUCUGCACAACCACUGAUUCCCAAGCUCCGCAGCAGCAGCAAAGGUCCAGCUCUGACACCUCUCCUCUCAUCGCCAUCUCACCACCUCCUUCGACUGGAACGGGAGCUGCAGCUCCAACACGUGGUGACCUCUUCCUCGAACGCCAACAGUCCAUGGCAGCAGCAGCAGCCGCAGCCGCAGCAAAAAAGAACAAGAAGAUGAAGCGGAAGAAGAAGCUCGAUGGCAGCCUCAUUCUAUCGUCAGCUGUCGCUUGCUGCUAUGGCUGCGGCGCCCCGUUGCAGACUGAGGAGGAUGACGCGCCGGGGUAUGUAGAUCCCGAUAUGUAUGAAUUGAAAAAAAGACAUCGCCAGCUUAGAACUCUCCUUUGUGGGAGGUGUAAACUUUUGUCUCAUGGGCAUAUGAUAACUGCUGUUGGUGGAAAUGGGGGUUAUUCGGGCAGUAAACAGUUCAUUUCAGCAGAGGAACUCCGUGAGAAGCUGUCGCAUCUACGGCAUGAGAAAGUACUGAUAGUUAAACUGGUUGAUAUCGUUGACUUCAAUGGCAGUUUUUUGGCACGUGUACGUGAUCUUGCUGGUGCAAAUCCUAUUAUAUUGGUUGUAACUAAGGUUGAUCUCCUCCCAAAAGGGACUGAUCUAAAUUGUGUUGGUGAUUGGGUUGUGGAGGCCACUACAAAGAAGAAGCUCAAUGUCCUCUGUGUCCACUUGACUAGUUCAAAGUCUUUGGUGGGAAUUGCUGGAGUUGCAUCAGAUAUUCAAAAGGAGAAAAAGGGGCGAGAUGUCUACAUUCUGGGAUCAGCAAAUGUUGGAAAGUCUGCCUUUAUCAAUGCUUUGUUGAAGACGAUGGCACAAAAGGAUCCAGUAGCUGCAGCUGCAAGGAAGUACAAACCAAUUCAAUCUGCUGUUCCCGGAACAACGCUAGGUCCAAUCCAAAUCGAUGCUUUUCAGGGAGGAGGGAAAUUAUUUGACACACCUGGAGUGCAUCUCCACCAUAGGCAAGCAGCAGUUGUUCAUUCUAAAGAUCUGCCUUCCCUUGCUCCUCAAAAUCGUCUCAGGGGCCAAUCAUUUCCUGCAGCUUCAGAUAAUAGAACACCACGUGACAAAGAAUCAGUUGGCUUGAAUGGGCUUUCAAUAUUUUGGGGAGGGCUUGUCAGGGUUGAUGUCGUAAAGGUUCUUCCACAGACACAUUUGACAUUCUAUGGGCCCAAAGCUCUGCAGAUUCAUACAGUUCCCACUGUCGAAGCAGACGCAUUUUAUACUAAAGAACUUGGGGUUAUGCUGACACCUCCAACUGGAAAACAAAGGGACGACUGGCCUGGACUCCAAACAGUCCGCCAGUUACAAAUAAAAUUCGAAGACCAAAAGAGGCCUGCUUGUGACAUUGCCAUAUCAGGUCUAGGAUGGAUAGCUAUUGAACCCAUUAGACAACAGUCUGAAAUUUCUGGUUCAAGCGAGUUCAAAUUGACCCCUGGGGAGUUGCAUUUGGCUGUACAUGUUCCUAAGCCAGUCGAGAUUUUUGUUAGGCCUCCUAUGCCUGUGGGUAAAGCAGGAGGAGAGUGGUAUGAGUACCGAGAGUUGACAGAGAAAGAAGAAGAGUCAAGACCAAAAUGGUAUAUUUGAUGUUAGUUUUGUUUGC